CUCCGGAGCCCAAUCGCAGGAACGUCCUGACGUCACGCAGGACGCCGCUGCCCUGACGCUUCGCCCUUGCAUCCCCCCUGAACCCGCAGUAGCUGGCGUUACCCCUCAAAGGAGUCGCGAGCAUUUUCCCCUGAGGCCUGCGAUACCGCGCUCUCUGACCCACCUUACCUGGCCCGGCGCUGUCGGCCGCGUCCGUGCCGCCGUCAUGGAUCUGAAUCUAAACCGAGCGGAUUAUUUGCAGGUGGGGGUGACCUCUCAGAAGACUAUGAAGCUACUUCCUGCCUCAAAACAUACAGCCACACAAAAGGUGGUUGUUGGAGAUCAUGAUGGAGUAGUUAUGUGCUUUGGCAUGAAGAAGGGAGAAGCAGUGACAGUGUUCAAGACUUUACCUGGGCAGAAGAUUGCAAGAUUGGAACUAGGAGGGGUUCUUAAUACACCCCAGGAGAAAAUUUUUGUUGCUGCAGGAUCUGAAAUUAGAGGCUUCACAAAGAGAGGAAAACAGUUCCUCUCUUUUGAAACAAACCUCACUGAAAGCAUUAAAGCUAUGCACAUAUCUGGCUCAGACCUUUUUCUCAGUGCAAGUUACAUCUAUAACCAUUAUUGUGACUGCAAAGACCAACAUUAUUACCUUUCUGGGGACAAAAUCAAUGAUGUCAUCUGCCUUCCAGUGGAAAGACUCCUUCGUGAAGUACCGGUGUUGGCCUGCCAGGACAGAGUACUCCGAGUUUUACAGGUUACUGUUGUUUGCAUUUUUAUAGUUUUUCAUAAUUUAGGUGACUCUGGAGAAGACCUUUUGUUUGGAACGUCAGAUGGAAAACUUGGGCUUAUUCAGAUCACUACAACCAAACCAAUCCACAAGUGGGAAAUUCGAAAUGAGAAAAAGAGGGGCGGUAUUUUGUGUGUUGACUGCUUUGACAUUGUGGGUGAUGGGGUUAAAGAUUUACUUGUUGGAAGAGAUGAUGGAAUGGUGGAAGUAUAUAAUUUUGAUAAUGCCAAUGAGCCUGUUCUACGAUUUGAUCAUACGUUAUCUGAGAGUGUCACAUCAAUCCAGGGUGGUUGUGUAGGGAAAGAUGGCUAUGACGAAAUCGUGGUAUCCACAUACUCAGGCUGGGUUACAGGUCUGACAACACAGCCUGUUCAUAAGGAAAGUGGACCAGGAGAAGAAUUAAAAAUUAAUCAGGAGAUGCAGAAUAAAAUUUCUUCUUUACGGACUGAAUUGGAACAGCUGCAGUAUAAAGUGCUACAGGAGAGAGAGAAAUAUCAACAGUCUUCUCAGUCAAGUGAAGCAAAAUCAGCAGUACCUUCAUUUAGUGUAAAUGACAAGUUUACAUUAAAUAAAGAUGAUGCCAGCUACAGCCUUAUCUUAGAGGUGCAGACAGCGAUAGAUAAUGUCUUAAUACAGAGUGAUGUUCCAAUAGAUUUACUUGAUGUGGAUAAAAAUUCUGCUGUUGUCAGCUUUAGCAGCUGUGAUUCUGAGUCAAAUGACAAUUUUCUCCUCGCCACUUACCGGUGCCAGGCAAACACCACAAGGCUAGAGCUCAAGAUUCGCUCAAUUGAAGGCCAGUAUGGCACACUUCAAGCAUAUGUGACUCCAAGAAUUCAACCCAAAACAUGUCAGGUCCGCCAGUACCAUAUCAAACCCCUUUCACUCCAUCAAAGAACUCACUUUAUUGAUCAUGACAGACCCAUGAAUACACUGACUUUGACAGGCCAGUUCAGUUUUUCUGAACUUCACUCCUGGGUAGUUUUUUGCAUGCCUGAAGUUCCUGAAAAACCUCCAGCAGGAGAAUGUGUGACAUUUUAUUUUCAGAACACCUUCCUGGAUACACAACUUGAAAGUACCUACAGAAAAGGCGAAGGAGUUUUUAAAUCUGACAACAUUUCUACUAUAUCCAUCCUAAAAGAUGUGCUCUCUAAAGAAGCGACAAAAAGGAAAAUUAACCUCAACAUAUCUUAUGAGAUAAAUGAAGUAUCAGUCAAACACACUUUAAAACUAAUCCACCCAAAGCUGGAGUACCAGUUGCUUUUGGCUAAGAAAGUGCAGUUAAUUGAUGCUUUAAAAGAAUUGCAGGUUCAUGAGGGAAACACAAACUUUCUGAUACCAGAAUAUCGCUGUAUUCUAGAAGAGGCAGAUCACCUACAGGAAGAAUACAAAAAGCAACCUGCACAUCUUGAAAGACUCUAUGGCAUGAUCACUGAUCUUUUCAUAGAUAAGUUCAAGUUUAAAGGCACCAAUGUAAAAACCAAAGUGCCUCUUUUACUGGAAAUUCUGGACAGUUAUGACCAAAAUGCACUGAUUGCUUUCUUUGAUGCUGCAUGAAAUAUAAACAAGGUAAAGUUCCAAAGAAGUUGUCUGUUUAAAUGAAAAUUGUUAAAAUAGAAUUACAAGCUAACUGUACAUACUUUUAUUUCAAGUGCUUUUUAAUACCAUCUAAAUAUAAAUGAAGUAUAACUUGUUUUUUGUAGCACUUUUUUUUUGGCAAAAGGAAAUUUUUUAAAAAAAAUUUUUAUUUUUUUAAAAAAUGGAAUGAUUAUAACAGAUUUUAAUGAAUUUUUUUUCAAGUGGCUGUUUUAACUCUCAAAUCAAAAAAUAUUGUUUGGAAAAUAGACACAUUUAAAUUUUUAACAAGCUAACACAUAUGUAUAAACUGCUUUACAGUUUUCAAAAUGUAUAUACAUAUGUGAUCUCAAUUGAUCUUCACAGUAUGUUGAUUAUUUUGUCAAAUCAUGUAGGAAAACUGAUUCUCAGUGAGACUGUGUUUAAGAGGACAUGCUGUUAUUUCAUAAAUGUGGGACCCAAGUUCUGGUGCCUCAAUUAUGUUUUGGUUACUAUGUGUGUUGUCAACUAGGUGAUAUAACCUAUAAAUUUUUUUUCUAGGAAUUGAGGUUGAUUUACAACUGAUUUUGCUGUUGCUUGGUAAUGUUUUGUGACUUGUACUCAGUUUGUUAAAUACUUGGGUUGGCUCAUUGCUUUAAAUUGUGGCCAGGGAAAUCAGCCCUUGCACAGAUUGGGGGGAUUUUAACUUGAUGUGCUGUAACCAGUAGGGCUAUACAAAUGUACUACAUAUGAAUAGUACAGAAAUAGUGAUGGCUUCUUAAGAUUUUCCUGCACUAAUAAAUACUAAUUUCCUUUUUUAUCAUAUAUGGAGGGAAAUAUAACUUUAAGACUAUGGAAGUCAUCAAUCUUAAUUCCUAUUUAUUCAUAUUCAGGUGAAUAUUAUACUUAAGAUUGUGCUAUUUUAAAGUGGCAUAAGGAUUAUAAUAGAAAAUAAACUAUUCUGUGUUUUCAAAAAGGGCACACUUAUUAAUUUGUUGGAAAACAAGUAUAUUUUACUAGUUAUGUGCAAGCCUUGUAUAUUAAAUGUGAAAAUUUGUUAAAGGCACAUAUUUCUAUCAGUUUUAUUUUAAUAAGGCCAUAUUGUUUUCACUAUAUUUAAACAACCUUCAUUUCUAAAUGGAACACAAAUUAUAUCUAGGUCACUGGAAUUUCACUCCGUGCUUUUUGUUGGCUGCCAUACCUUGGGGGGAAAAAAAAGAGAUAAAAAUUAA